AUGGCUCCUCCACCCCCUUCAAAUCUGCCUUUGCCCGAGAGGCUCAAGGCUCUUGCUCAGACGUUGCAAUUCGCCUGGUUUGUUGGACAUGUGACAUUGUUACUCUCUGUCCUACGCUAUUUCGUGUCUUACAUCACAUUCAACUAUUACUCCAACUCGGCCCAAGUCUCCUACCGCCUGGCAUUCUUGUCGGCUGCUGCGACAUACGGAAUUGUUGUGUACAAGGGCCAUAUCGCUCGCGGCCGCCUCCAGGGCGGUCUCCCUAAUAUUGCGAUCAAGCUUGCUGGUGAUGAAAAUGUCCAGUACCUUGGCACUGCGCUGGUGUGGCUCUAUUCGCGCCAGGUGUCGCUCGCUCUGCUUCCCUUCAGCGUUUAUUCUGUCUUCCACGUUGCGACCUACACUCGUGCUCACCUGAUCCCCACCCUCCAGGGCCCUCAGGCCGCUGGCGCUCCGGGAUCUCCCUCCUCUUCCGGCUCGCCCAGGCCUGCCGUUAGACAAUCUCCUUUGGCGGAGACUAUUGGCCGCUUCGUGAAACAGUACUACGAUGCCAGCAUGGAUCUUGUGGCGCACCUCGAGAUGGCGUUGUUAUUCCGCCUGGCCGUCGCCGUUCUCACUUUCUCGAAGGGCAGCAUUGUUCUUUUCGCUAUCUACUUGGCUUUCUUCCGUGCGAGAUACUCCCAGAGCUCUUUUGUCCAGAGCUCCGUCCGCCACUUCACUGCCAGAGUCGACGCCUCGGUUUCCCACCAGAGCACCCCACCCGCCGUUCGUCAGGGAUGGGAGUCUUUCAAGGCUGUUGUGCGCCAGGCCUACGAGGCCACUGAUCUCGGCCGCUUGAGCGGAGCGACCGCCAAGAAGCCCCAAUAA